UAUCCCGGGUGAGGAAGGUUGUAGUGGUUCUUGGCUCAGGUAGCAGUGAGACACAGUGAGCACCACUACCCACGCUAGCCAAGCUCCCACUACCCCUGUGCACAUAAACACUGACUUCCCUACCUUUUACUGGAGACUGUAAUUGUCACAGCUUGGACUCUACGCACACGUCAAGCUCCCCCCACUUCCAACAUUUAUUUCCGAAUGGAUUGCUGGGGUUGGAGUAACUGCAUCUUUGCUCCCUCUUAACAUCUCGUACAUAAAUCACCCUGACACUGCAGCCCUCUCAACGUGGCUGCCCUCGUGGACGUGUCUUCAUCACAACAUGGCAGUGUGGGUGGCAGCAGUGACAUCACUGCUGGUGGUGGCAACAACACUGGUAGAUGCCACACCUGCCAUAACACAUGGUGAAUCUAGCACCAGUGACCUCAGGCACCUAUAUAAGGGCACUUAUGUCCUCUAUGGUAAUGGGAGACGGAGUGAGCGUGACCUGCCUGAGUGCGCAUCGGCUGGAGAGGCGUGUAACCUGGCACACCGAAGAUUCUGGCUCACGCCCAUUACAGAGCGACUUUGCCGCUGUGCUGAUCGCUCAGAGUGCCCACUGCACUUCAAUGGCCUGAAUAACACCUUAUCCCAACACGUCUCAAACAGAGCACAGCUUAAGUUUUGUGGACGAAUAAUGGAGGAAAUGAGCGAAUGUCAAGGAGAUGAGGUGGCCCUCAAGCUACGUCGAGUCGAAAGAGAAAACCAACCUUUCCCUGGCAGUGCUAUAAAGGAGGGUGCAGACGUACAUACAAACAUCAUGUGCCGAUGUCCCUGGCCAAAUUCAUGGAUAAUGACAAAGACUGAGGCACCCUCCCCUACAGAGACAAUCUACCUCUACACUUGUAACCAGCUGCCCAAGUGCAAGACAGGGGAGGAGUGUGGGCACAUCCGUGCUGACACUCUUGAGAGUUACUACACCUGUUCGUGCCCUCAACACCAUUUGUGCAUAUUUAAAGGACCACAACUAACUCACAUUACAACACAGCUGCACUUCCACGGUCAAGCCUAUUCUGGAAAAUGCACAUCUAACUGAUCAUCACUAGUCACUUCUCUAUGCAAAAUCAAUGCACAGUAUUACUUUACAGUACCACUAAAACUACAGCAGGAACUGAACAUCCUCCUAAGCUAAUAAAGUACUGUACAUGUAGUCCAGUUGUUAGAUAAACCUGGAAUCUUACAGGGCAUGAUUGUUCUUAGCUAAUAUUGAACCUCUUAGGGGUGUCUAGACUGAUUAUUCAACAGGUAGCUAUUAUGGAUUCUCAUAUAUUGAUUCUAAUCAUGAUUACAGCUGAAAAAUUAAUCUCUGUGACCUGAACAAAUAUUAAAUAUGAAACAUUUAAUUAAAAUACAAAACACUGAUGGUGAUGUGUCUUAAUGAAUCUACAGGUAAUCAGUGACUGCUGAAGAAACCUCAAGGGUGACCGAGGCACCCUUGAGGAUUCUUAAGCUGGAGACCUAAAAGCCUCAAAUUCUGCAGAAAAACCAUCAUUCACUCCAUCACUGUUUUGCAAGAGGCACACUUACACUACAGUUAUAAUACUGCAACAUUAACACUCCUCCUUCAGAGUGCAGGCACUGUACUUCCCAUCUCCAGGACUCAAGUCCAGCUUGCUGGUUUCCCCGAAUCCCUUUCAUAAAUACAGUGGACCCCCACUUAACGAUCACCUCCCAAUGCGACCAAUUAUGUAAGUGUAUUUAUGUAAGUGCAUUUGUACGUGUAUGUUUGGGGGUGUGAAAUGGACUAAUCUACUUCACAAUAUUCCUUAUGGGAACAAAUUCAGUCAGUACUGGCACCUGAACAUACUUCUGGAAUGAAAAAAUAUCGUUAACCGGGGGUCCACUGUAUUACCCUGCUCACACUCCAACAGCACGUCAAGUCUUAAAAAUCAUUUGUCUCCAUUCGCUCCUAUCUAACAUGUUCACGCAUGCCUGCUGGAAGUCCAAGCCCCUCGCACACAAAACCUCCUUUACCCCCUCCCUCCAAUCUUUCCUAGGCCAACCUCUACCCCCACCUUCCCUUCACUACAGAUUUAUACACUCUCGAAGUCAUUCUAUUUUGUUCCAUCCUCUCUACAUGUCCGAACCACCUUAACAACCCCUCCUCAGCCCUCUGGAUAAUCCCACACCUCCUCCUACUUUCCAAACUACGAAUUCUCUGCAUUAUGUUCACACCACACAUUGAUCUCGGACACGACAUCUCCACUGCCUCCAGCCUUCUCCAUGUUGCAAUAUUCACCACCUAUGCUUCACACUCAUAUAAGAGCAGUGGUAUAACUAUACUCUCAUAUAUUCCUCUCUCUGCUUCCAUGGACAGAGUUUUUUGUCUCCAGACUCCUCAAUGCACCACUUGCCUUUUUCCCCUCAUCAAUUCUACGAUUCACCUCGUCUUUCAUAGACCCAUCUGCUGACACGUCCACUCCUAAAUAUCUGAAUACAGUCACCUCCUCCAUACUCUCUCCCUCCAACCUGAUAUCUAAUCUUUCAUUAUCUAAUUUUUUUGUUAUCUUCAUCAACUUACUCUUUCCUAUAUUCACAUUCAAUUUUCUUUUACAUACCCUACCCAACUCAUCCAACAACCUCUGCAACUUUUCUUCAGAAUCUUCCAAAAGCACAGUGUCAUCAGCAAAGAUCAACUGUUAAAACUCCCACUUUGUGUUAGAUUCCUUAUCUUUUAACCCCACACCUCUUGCCAACACCUGAGCAUUCACUUUUCUUACAACCUCAUCUAUAAAUAUAUUGAAUAACCAUGAUGACAUAAAAACUUUUCCCUGAUUUCAAUAACCUACCAUCUAUUCCAUACAUCUGCAACAUCUGCCACAUUGCCCCCAUAUCCACCCUGUCACACGUCUUUUCCAAAUCCAUAAAUGCCACAAACCCCUCUUUACCCUUAUCUAAAUACUGUUCACUUACAUGUUUCACUGUAAACACUUGGUCUACACUCCCUCUACCCUUCCUAAAGCCUCCUUGUUCAUUUGCUAUCCUGUUCUCUGUCGUACUCUUAAUUCUUUCAAUAAUAACUCUGCCAUACACUUUACCAGGUAUACUCAACAGACUUAUUCCCCUAUAAUUUUUGCAGUCUCUUUUGUCCCCUUUGCCUUUAUACAAAAGAACUAUGCAUGCUCUCUGCCAAUCCCUAGGUACCUUACCCUCUUCCAUACAUUUAUUAAAUAAAAAUACCAACCACUCCAAAACUAUAUCCCACCCGCUUUUAACAUUUCUAUCUUCAUCACAUCAAUCCCAGCUGCUUUACCCCCUUUCAUUCUACCCACUGCCUCACGAACUUUCCCCACACUCACAACACCCUCCUCCCCACUCCUACAAGAUGUUAUUCCUCCUUGCUCGAUACACGAAAUCACAGCUUUCCUCUCUUCAUCAACAUUUAGCAAUUCCUCAAAAUAUUCCCUCCAUCUUCUUGAUACAUCUAACUCUCCAUUUAAUAAUGCUCCUCUUCUAUUUUUAACAAUCAAAUCUAUCUGUUCCCUAGGCUUCCUCAACUUAUUAAUCUCACUCCAAAACUUUUUCUUAUUUUCAACAAAAUUUGUUGAUAACAUCUCACCCACUCUCACAUUUGCUCUCUCUUUCCAUUGCUUUACCACUCUCUUAACCUCUCUUUUCCACUCCAUAUACUCCUCCCUCCUUGCAUCAUUUAUACUUUAUAACAACCGCUCAUAUGCUAACUUUUUUCUCUUACUACUCUCUUUACAUCAUCAUUCUACCAACUGCUCUUCUUCCCUCCCACACCCUCUUUCCUGUAACCACAAACUUCUGUUGAAUACUCUAACAUUACAUUCUGAAAUCUACCACAUACAUCUUCAACCCCACUGCCUAUACUCUCACUAGCCCAUCUAUCCUUCUUAUAUUUGUGAUCAAUCACCAGAUUAGAAAACUAUCAAUACAGUAUUGUUUUCUGUGUUUGCUUAGGCACUGUUAACACAAAAUUAUUUUUCAUGUUCAUAUAUACUAUAAAUCUUCAAAAGUUCAAUAUAAUAUCAUAUAAAAAUUUUCGCAACUUUCUUAUACUGUAGUAAAAAAAUGGACAUUUAAAAUUCUGUACAUGAUUCCUGGCCAAGCAUCUUAACACUUAUCAAGGGAAAAUGGUUUGAGGCUAAUGAACAGUUCAUGAUCCAGGAUGUUGGUGCUACCCUCUCCCAUUUGCUGAAUCAAUCCUAACUGCCUCCCAUUUCCCAGGCCCUGUAUGACACCUAAGGAUUCAACACAAACCCAAGAAUAUAAUAAUAGUAAACUAACAACCCUAAAAUAGGUUUCUGGGAUUAUUUCAUAUAAAUCAGAUAAGUCCAAAUACAGAGCUGCUAGUGCCAUAGUGUGACAGAUCAAGUCAUCAACCAGACCUGGUCUAAAACGGGAUUGCAGGAGGCGAUUUAUCGAUUGAUUGCUUUCAUAUUGGGGGAUGGGGGACACUAAACCUAUAAGGGUCAUUCAGUGCCUUAGGAGAGGUUCAUUUUAAGUUCUUAC